AUGGCCAUCGAGCAGUCCAUUGCACCAGCCAAGCUCAUUGAUCGGUUCUCCCACGACGGGCCGGGCAAAUGCCGCACGUCCGAAUGGCGCUUUGAGGUCCCCCUCAACCACAGCAAGCCCGAGGAAGGGACGGUGCGUCUGUUCGCGCGCAGUAUCCACUGUGUGCUGGGCGUCGAUGAUCCGGAGCUCCCCUGGAUGCUCUACCUGCAGGGUGGUCCGGGGCUGGGCUGCAAAACCCCCCUGGAGUAUGCCUGGCUCCCCAGCAUCCUCGAGAAGGGCUAUCGGGUGCUGUUCCUCGACGAGCGGGGAACAGGGCAGAGCUCGCCCAUCACGGCCAAGACCCUGACCCAGCAGGGCGACCACAAGAAGCAGGCGGACUUGAUGAAGCGCUUCCGAGCCGACAACAUCGUCCGCGACUGUGAGGCGGUGCGCAAGCUGCUCUAUCAGGAUGCUCCCGCCGACCAAAGCAAGUGGAGUGUCAUGGCUGCCAGCUUCGGAGGCUUCUGUGCCAUCUCCUAUGUCUCUAUGUUUCCCAAGUCGUUGGUGGAGGUCUUCAUUGGAGGUGGACCUUGCCCGUUGGUCAGCGAACCGAGCCAGGUGAUUCCUAAAUUGUUUGCGGUGGCCGCUCGACGCAAUGAAGCCUACUACAAGAAAUACCCCGAGGAUGUCAACAGGGUCAAGCGCAUUAUCAAGUACCUGAAGGAGAACAAAGUCGCCUUGAGCAAGGGCACCCUCACCCCCGAACGGUUUCAACAGCUGGGAGUCAUGCUGGGCCUCCACGGUGGCAUUGACUACAUUCAUGGCGUCGUCCAGCGCACGGAUAACGAUCUGGACAUGUUCAAAUUCCUGACGGUUCCCACUCUGGACCUGAUCGAGGGCUCCGGAAUGGCCCAAAACGUGAUCUACGCCCUCCUCCAAGAACCGAUGUAUUGCCAAGGCAAAGCUGGGGCCUGGUGUGCCGACCGAUGCCGCAAGGCCGACCCUCGCUUCAGCCUGAAUGAGCGCAACGCCCAGAUCUGGUUCACGGGGGAGUCCAUCUUCUCCGACAUGUUUGAUUCUUACGAUGAGCUGAAGGACCUCAAGCCGGUCGCCGACAUCCUGGCCCGCAGCAACGACUGGAGUGCCCUCUACGACGAGGCGCAACUGGCGAAGAACGAGGUCCCCGUCUACGUUGCCACCGCGGUGGAGGACAUGUAUGUCAGUUACGAGCUGGCCUGCCACACGGCCUCCAAGGUCAAGAACCUGCAGCAGGUCAUCAACAACACCUGGUACCACGACGCGGUCGAGACCAAGGCUGCCGAGGUGAUGCCCGCCUUGUUUGCCCUGAAAGAGGACCGGAUCGAUUAG